GAGCAAUCUUUCUCGCUCGACAGCGUCUUGAGAGUACUAAUACAACACACACUUGUCCUAUGCUAACAUACAACGCACACAGGGACACAAGUAUAGAGAAAUCGGAUAAAAGUGGGGAAUGAGGAUACACGGUUUUAAUCUUACAGGUGAAGAGUACCGUAAUGUCCAGUUUUUGUAUCGCUUCAGAGAAAAUAAUUUCAUCAUACAUAAAUAUUGUACAUGAAUAUCAUCUUACAUUAGUUUUAUCUAAACUUCUGACAAGCUAACAUCAAGACUUGUUUUUUAGACAAAUGAUGGUCUUUGGGAUAGAAAUAACACUGUGGUUAGUGCUCGGUGUGAUACUAUCAUUAAUUGUAGCUGCAGUAGUAUUUUUCUUUAUACUACUGCAACUGUUUAUCUAUAUUACAACUGGUGUUUGCAAGAGCAAAAGAAAAAUGAACGGAAAAACAGUAAUUAUUACGGGAUGUACAUCGGGCAUUGGCAAAGAAACCGCGCGGGAUCUAGCACACCGCGGGGCUAGAUUGAUAAUGGCCUGUCGCAAUGUCCAAGCUGCUAAUAAGUUGAAAGACGAAUUCAUAAAAGAAACCGGAAACAACAACAUAGUAGUAAAACACUUAGACCUAUCAUCUUUAAAAUCCGUCCGCGACUUUGCUUCUCAAAUAAACCGCGAGGAGUCGCGCCUUGACGUUCUGAUCCACAACGCCGGUACAGCAGAAACUUUCCGAAAAAAGACAACUGAAGAUGGCCUUGAAAUGACCAUGGCGACAAAUCAGUACGGACCUUUCCUACUGACUCACUUGCUGAUUGAUCUUUUGAAGCGUUCCAAACCUUCCAGGGUCGUAGUGGUAGCAUCCGAAUUGUAUCGGCUUGCUUCCUUAAACCUGGAUAACUUGAACCCAGUGACAACCUUGCCAGCUUACUUGUACUACGUCUCCAAAUACGCCAACAUAGUCUUCUCUUUAGAACUGGCACGACGUCUGGAAGGAACUGGAGUUACUGUCAAUUGCUUGCAUCCGGGUCUGAUUGACAGCGGAAUCUGGAGCAGCGUUCCAGCUCCAUUAUCCUGGGGACUGUACUUGAUAAUCCGUGGAUUCUUCAAGACACCUAAGCAAGGUGCGCAGACGACAAUUCAUUUGGCUGUUUCGGAAGAACUGGAAGGAAUCACUGGAAAGUACUUCUUGGAUUGCAGGGAGUACGGCCUGUCAUCUGGAGUCCAAGACCCGGCAAAGGGCAAGAAGUUCUGGGAACUAAGUGAGACUAUUGUUAAGCUACAACCUACAGAUCCUAAAAUCUAAGUAUAGGUUAUUGGAAAUUUUAUUAUUUUAUACUCUGGUUUAUUUAUUUGGAAACUUUAAUAAAAAUUUUUUAUAUUAUUGA